AUGCACGUGGUGAUGAUCCCCACAUACAAGACGCCCAUGGAAUGUUUGAGGAUGGCCCUGCAUGCCCUGAUGAACUACAGUUUAUGCAGGACGAACCUUGCUGUGUGCUUCGCCUUCGAGGAGCGAGAACCCGAGGCGCCCGAGAAGUUCCAGCAGCUGAAAGAGGAGUAUGCCGGCGAGUUCGCCUUUGUCACUGCUGCAUACCAUCCGCCCAAUUUGCCCGGCCACAUCCCAGGGAAGUCGUCGAACGAGUGUUGGGCUUUCCAAGAGCUGUCGAAGGAGCUUUGUGAGGAGCGCGGCUUCGAUCUUGACGACCCGAGGGUGAUCAUCACGGUCAUCGACGACGACUCCGAGCUCCAUGAGAAUUAUUUUGAGGGUCUCAGCUACCACUACCUCAAGAUGCCCGAGUCUGAUCGUUACCUCACGCUCUUCCAACCGCCCAUCGUGCACUUCAAGAACUUCCUCUCACAGCCGAUUCUUGUCCGAAAUGCCUCACUUUUCACAUCUUUGCACGAGCUCGCCUGCCUUGCAAAUCCCGUUGAUGCUCACGUGGCCUUCUCGAGCUACUCGCUGAGCCUGAUGCUUGCCAGCGCUGUAGGAGGGUGGGACCCGGACUUCAUCUCAGAGGAUUGGCAUAUGACCGCCAAGACGAAGCUGAUGACAGAGGGCCGCGCAAAGUGCCGGCCGAUCUACUUACCUCUGAUGAACUAUGCCCCGGAGGAAGACACCGUGUGGGGCACGGUGCAGUCGAGAUGGACGCAGGCCAAGCGACACGCGCUGGGAGUUAGUGAAAUAGUGUUCGUCAGCACGAAGAUGUACAUCGGCAUGUGCGAGUGCGGGUCUCUGUCCCGUGCCCUCGUCUUCAUGUACCGUAUGCUUCCCUUGCUCGGGAAGUUCAUCUCGGUGCACUUCGUCGUAGCUACAUUAGCGUUCUGGCCUCUUUUGUCGCACAUGCUCAUCAACUUCUUUAUGUGGCACUCCUGGUGCUACAUGGAGGACUUGCAGAAGACGUGUGCAGAAUGCUGUGUCCCGAUGAAUGCUGUCCACGAGCAUGGCAUCGGUGAGGCAAGGACAUGGGCACCGUUCUUCCUGAUUUGA